AUGCGACCACGCUCGUUGGCAUCGGUGCUCAUAGCGACAUCUCUCGCCGCCGCAAAUGGCAAUGCCUCACGAGACUAUUCACAGCACGUCAAUCUCUUCAUCGGAACUGAAGGCCCAAUACCAGGCUCAGCUUGGCGUGGAGGGAAUGUUUUCCCAGGAGCUGCGCUGCCGUUCGGCGCAGUCAAAGUCGGUAUCGACACUACCAGAUGGAAUACCUCCUUUCAAGCCAAUGCAGGUUAUACGCCUCACGGCAACGUCACCGCCAUCACCAUGUUGCACGAAAGUGGAACUGGCGGAGCGCCUACUUACGGACUCAUCCCGCAAAUGCCGUUGACAACUCUCGAGAAUGUUAAUCUACUGGAUAACAUCACGUACAUGCAGCCGCGUGUUGGUGAUGAUGUAGCGGAUGUAGGCUAUUACAAGACGGAUCUUGAGAAUGGAGUAAGAGCUGAGAUGAGUGCGAGUAUGCAUGCGGGCAUUAUGAAGUAUUCCUAUCCUGAGGACACCGAGAGAUAUGUAUUGGUUGAUGUUAGUCACUACAUCCCCACCAUUGGCAAGAAGUCGCAAUGGUAUAGCAAUGGGGUGAUUGAGAGGAGCGAAGAUGGGUCGAUGUAUUCGGGAUACGGCGUCUAUCGGGAGGGAUGGGCUAUGGGUGGCGACUACCGCGUCUACUUUUGUGGCAAAUUCGACACCGUACCAAGCAAAGUCCAACUUUUCUCUGGUGAAGCUACCGAUCCAUAUUGGCCAAACACGACAAACGUCAAACCCACUUUCACAGACGACACCUCGCUCCAGGGUGGAACAAUCAUGUACCAAUAUGCCGACCGCAUCGGUGCAUUAUUCCAAUUCCCGUCCAACUCCUCCGCUGUGAUGUCCAAGGUCGGUGUAUCAUGGAUUUCAGCAGACAAAGCUUGUCAGUUCAUUGAUGAGAUUCCACACUGGGACCUCAACGCCACCGUUCAGGCGGCCAAGGACCGCUGGAACCAGGAAGUGCUUUCGAAAAUGGAUGUACAGACCUCAAACGAAACUCAACUUGAGAUGUUUUACACGGGCCUUUACCACUCAUACCUCAUGCCUUCGGAUCGUGAUGGCGAGAAUCCAAACUGGGUAUCGAGUGAGCCAUAUUAUGAUGAUUUCUAUACUAUCUGGGACACAUUUAGAUGUCUGACACCAAUGACUACGCUAAUCCUGCCCCGUCGUGCAACGGACAUGGUUCGUGCUUUGAUCGAUAUCUGGCGUCAUGAAAGAUUCAUGCCAGAUGGUCGUAGCCGCAAUCACAACGGUAGAGUCCAGGGUGGUUCGAACGCGGAUAACGUCCUGGCCGAUGCAUAUGUCAAAGGUCUCCGUGACGGGAUUAACUGGACGGAUGGCUAUGCUGCCAUGAAGACGAACGCUGAGGUGCUACCGUACAACAACUUUGACUGGGAAGAUACCUCAGGCAGCACAAAGGAGGGCCGUGGUGCUCUGGAAGAUUGGAAGCGGUACGGCUUCGUCACACCAGCCAAGGGUCGCAGUGUCAGUAAAACCGUCGAAUACUCGCUGAAUGACUUUUCUCUUUCGCAAGUCGCUAGAGGAGAAGCGCCGGAGGAUGUUGUCAAGUAUCUUAACCGCUCGACUGGCUGGCAAAAGAUGUGGUCCGUAAAUACCACCUCCUUGAACUUCACCGGCUUCCUAGCCCCCACCUACGGCAACGGCAGCAUCCAAACCUACGAUCCCCUUAGCUGCGGCGCCUGCAAUUGGGCUGCCAUAUCCUACGAAGGCGUACCAUGGGAAUACUCCUUCACAAUCCCCCACGACACCGCCUCAGUCAUCCGCCUCAUGGGCGGCCCCGCGCUCUUCGAAUCCCGCCUCGACACCAUGUUCAUCCCGGGCCUCGCCGAGCCCACACAAAGCGGCAACAACGCCGGGACAACCAUCUACAACCCCGGCAACGAACCCGACUUCAUGACGCCCUUCCUGUACAACUACCUGGGCGAGAAGCAGUGGAAGAGCGUGAUGAGGUCGCGUGAAGUGGUAGAUCAGUACUAUAGCACGCGACGCUCGGGGAUCCCGGGGAAUGACGAUGCGGGCGCCAUGAGUAGUUGGUUGGUGUGGAAUAUGGUGGGCUUGUAUCCCGUCGUCACGCAGCCGGUUUAUCUUAUCCUUUCGCCGAGGUUCGAGGAUAUUACGAUUACUUUGGGAGACGGGGGUGGCAGGGUGAGAAUCACGGCGACGGGGUUGGAGCAGGGCCCGUAUGUGCAGAGUCUCAAGGUCAACGGUGUGGCUUGGAAUAGGAAUUGGCUUGCGCAUGAGGACCUGGUGAGGGAGGGUGGGGAGGAGAGUACGCUGGAGUUUGCACUUGGGGCUGAGCCUGUGGCGUGGGAUACGGGCGAUGUGCCGCCCAGUCCUGGGUCUGUGGAUAUGUGA